AAAACCAAAACAUCCGCUGGCUGCGCGUCUCGCCUUGCAGCUCGGCAGUUAGCCGCCAAGCUAAAGCCCACGAAGCAGCUGAUGUCAUUUAACUUUAACACAGCGUUAAUUCACUCAGUGUGGUCAGACAGAAACGACACAGUUUGUGUCCUUCCUGUUGGGUGCGAGCGUCAGGAUGGGGAAGCAAAGUGAGGAGGCAGCUGCAGGCGGCGGCGCAGCGAGCCCGGUGGACCGGGUCCCCGACAGCCCGGAGAAGAGCACCUCGCUGUCGGCUCAGGAGCUGAAGGAGCAGGGAAACCGCCUCUUCCUGAACCGCAGAUACCCCGAGGCUGCUGCCUGCUACAGCAAAGCCAUCGCCCACAGUCCUUCUGUCCCGGCGUACUUCACCAACAGGGCGCUGUGCUACGUGAAGCUGCAGCAGCACGACAAAGCCCUGGCAGACUGCAGACGCGCUCUGGAGCUGGACGGCCAGUCAGUCAAAGCUCACUUCUUCAUUGGUCAGUGUCACCUGGAGACGGAGAAUUACGACGAAGCCAUCGGCAGCCUGCAGAAAGCUUAUAACCUGGCGAAGGAGCAGCGGCUGAACUUCGGCGACGACAUUCCCGGCGCUCUUCGGACUGCGAAGAAGAGACGGUGGAACAGCCUGGAGGAGAGGAGGAUCAACCAGGAGAGCGAGCUGCACGCCCACCUCACCAGACUCAUCCAGGCUGAGAAAAACAGGGAACUGGAGGGCUGCAGGCGGCACGAAGACGAAUCAGACGACAGCAGAGUUCAGCACAAUCUGGACAAGAUCCACUCAAAGCAUGACAAGUACCUUUCAGACAUGGAGGAGCUGUUCUGUCAAGUAGACGAGAGGAGGAAGAAGCGUGAGAUCCCAGACUUCCUGUGUGGGAAGAUCAGCUUUGAGCUGAUGAGAGAACCCUGCAUCACACCCAGUGGAGUCACGUAUGACAGGAAAGACAUUGAAGAGCACCUGCAGCGAGUCUGCCAUUUUGACCCGGUGACUCGCACUCCUCUGACCCAGGACCAGCUCAUCCCAAACCUGGCCAUGAAGGAAGUCAUUGAUGCUUUUAUUUUGGAGAAUGGAUGGGUGGCGGACUAUUGACCAAUGAGAGGAAGGAAGAGAGGGGAGUCAUUUUAACAGUCUGUGGUUGGAGAGGCUUCGGCGUGUUCGUUCACUGGUUUACUUCAAAUCAAAGUUUAUGAAAAAGUUCACACCUGCAACAAACCACAAUCACGUAAACGAGAAGCGAGUCAAGCGGCUGAGUUUAUGACAGAAAAACACAAGUUACCCGUAUGUACCUGGGCCCACAAAAUAAAAGUUAUAAAAUUAAAAGGACAAAGAGACCAAAAGA